UGUGCACCCAAAUACUUUUGUUUUUCCAUGGUGAAUUUAAGCCAACACGUACUGUUGCAACUGAACACACCACCAAGAUCUGCUAUAUCUACACAUGCUACUAUCUAGCCUACUAGGCCAGACAACUCUAAUAAAAUGGCUCUCCCCACAUUAAGGUCGUACUACAAAGUACACCGUCCCCACUCUGUGGCUGAGGGACGCAUCGUAAGCAGGAGAGUGUUGGAGGAGGAUGUCAGGCAGAGAUGGGCAGAGAACUCAAAAUACUUCAACAGUUCCAACGUGAGAGCCAGCAAACAGGAGGCCUGGACAUCCAGUAAAUCGUUCCAGGGCAGCAUGGAUGCAUACCACAAGAGAGGUAUUGAGGAAGAGAAGAGAAGAAAACUUCUGGUCAGAAGGCAGAGAUUAAGUGAACUGCUUGAAAAGGAAAAUAAAGAAUACGAGGUUGAGUUGAAGUCACGCUCUCCUGAUCAGUUGGCAACCAUGAGAGAUAGAGCUGAACAUCUCAAAGGGCAACGUGAAAAAGAAAGGAAAAUGAUAGCGGAUGAAAAAUUUUAUGAGCACUGGAAGGACAACUGUCCUGAGCUUAGAAAAGUGGAGUCCAGGGAAACGAAUAAACAUAUUGUCAGUGAGUGGGGGAAACAAAGGGAAAGAAGAGAACAGGAAUUGGAAACAGCAAGACAAGAGAAAAAAAUGUAUGAGUUGGAGUUGGAGCAAGAUAGGUUGGCGGCCCUGAAACUACAGGACAAGGAGCAAGAGAGGCAAAAGAAGGAGCUCAAGGAGCACAGUGAGGUGCUCAAACUACAAAUGAGAGAAAUCAAACGAAGAGAGAAGGAGGCUGCUCUGCUGGAACAAAAACAGGCUAAACUAAUUCAGGAUCAAAUUGAACUGCAGAAGGCGGAAGAUUCAAGGAAAGCAAUGGAGGAAAAACGAAAAAAGAGUGAACUACGGAGAUUUCUCAUCCAUCAAUGCAAGGCUCAGCUUCGAAGAAAAAGUCAACAGAUACAAGAGUCACUGGAAUUAGAUCUUGCAAUCCUUGAAGAUUUGGCAGAAAAGGAAAAGGAAGAGCAAUCAUUACACACUGCUCGUAGGGAGAGAGCUCGUGCAGAUACCCUAUGGAUGAAGGAGAUGGUCACUAAACAACUGGAGAUCGAAAAGCAAAGAGAAUUGGAAUUGGACAAUAUGUACCGAGAAGAGGCUGCCCGACUGUGGCAAAAGCGUGAGGCAGAGUGGGAAAAAGAACAGCAAGCGAGAGAGCGGUUAAUGAAAGAGGUAUUUGAAGAGCGAAAACAACAGAUUAAUGUGAAAAUGGAUGUACUUAAAGAAGAGCAGUCUCAGUCGAUUCAAGAGCGUGAGAGACUGAUUGAGGAGAUGGAGGUGGAGGUGGAAAGAGAGGAGGCUGAAGCCACCGCCAGACAGAGAGAUACUGCCAUGAUGGCACAAGGAUGGCACCAACAAAUCAAGGAGAAAACAAGGAAGGAAGAAAUAGAAUAUAUGAGGUACCAGCGAGAACAGGAAGAGCAGAGGAUGGCUGAAGAAACAUAUGCAGCACAGGUUCAUGAUGAAGAGAAUAUAAUAACCACCAGGAGAUACACACCCAAGACGUAUUCAAGAAAGAAAGUAGCAUGGAACUGAAUGAAAUAAAACGUUUAUAAACCAAAACAAGAGUACUCAUUGCAGGAACUAUAAGGCUCUAUCAUCAUGUCACUUACUUAAUUAUAAUUAUGUACUGUAUUUUUGCUGUUGAUAAUCCCCAGCACGUGUUUUAUUAUUACCACAUGCACAGU